AUGAGCCAACAAGACCAACAAGCCUCUCAAAACGCAUUGAGUUACUCGUCAACUCGUCAAGCAUCACCCAAUCAAGCAUCAUAUACUCAACAAGACGCAAGCGAGCUUCUACGCAAACUUCAAGAAACCACAAUCGCAGCUUUGAGAACAUCAAACAACACAAUGGACUCACAUGGCGGCAGCAGCUCGAAGGGCACCUCGCCCGAUGACAAAGGCAAAGGCUACGAACAGUAUGCCAUCUUCGACGGCCUUUUCCCUCGGAUAGAGACCAGAGGACAGAGCAAGAACUCAUCGAAGAAGGGCAGCGGUAAGAAGAAAGAAAGCAAAGGCUCAAGUCAACAGUAUGUUUCCUCGACGGAUAACCAGCAAGCGGGCGCUGAUGGACCGAGCCACAGUUGA